GUGAUGGCAUGAAGCAUAUCCAACUCCAGUUUUUACAUUUAACAUUAGAAAGGUUACAGAACAGGUUACAAAUGGUGUGGGUUUUUAUCAUGAACCGGAUGAGCUCACAAAGCAGUUCUCCCACACAGCGUAGACGAAUGGCUCUUGGAAUUGUCAUUCUUCUUCUCGUUGAUGUGAUAUGGGUUGCUUCUUCUGAACUUACAGCAUACGUCUUUCAAAACUACAAUAAACCAUUUUUCAGUACAUUUGCAAAAACAUCCAUGUUUGUUCUUUACCUCUUGGGAUUUAUUGUUUGGAAACCAUGGAGGCAGCAGUGCACGCGUGGGUUUCGUGGCAGACAUGCAGCUUUUUUUGCAGAUGCUGAAGGUUAUUUUGCUGCCUGUACAACUGAUAAUGCUGUAAAUAGCUCUUUGAGUGAACCAUUAUACGUGCCUGUAAAGUUUCAUGACUUGCCAAAUGAAAAAAACAGCAGUAGCAGUGACGAUACUGAAAAAACUCCCAAAAAGCCUCGUGUAAGAUUUAGUAAUAUAAUGGAGAUUCGACAACUCCCAUCAAGUCAUGCAUUGGAAGCAAAACUAUCGCGUAUGUCUUAUCCAACAGUUAAGGAUCAGGAAUCUAUAUUAAAAGCUGUAGGGAAGCUUACUGCAUGCCAAGUAGCCAAAAUCAGCUUUUUCUUUUGCUUUGUGUGGUUCCUGGCAAACUUCUCUUAUCAAGAAGCACUGUCAGACACCCAAGUGGCUAUAGUUAACAUUCUGUCUUCAACUUCUGGACUUUUUACCUUAAUCCUAGCUGCAGUGUUUCCAAGUAACAGUGGAGACAGGUUUACCCUUUCAAAAUUGUUAGCUGUCAUUUUAAGCAUUGGAGGUGUUGUUCUUGUGAAUCUUUCUGGAUCUGAUAAAUCUGCUGGAAUAGGUUCCCUGUGGUCUCUCAUAGGAGCUAUGCUCUAUGCAAUCUACAUAGUUAUGAUCAAACGAAAAGUAGACAGAGAAGACAAACUUGAUAUACCAAUGUUUUUUGGUUUUGUUGGUUUGUUUAAUUUACUGCUGCUCUGGCCAGGUUUCUUCCUAUUUCAUUAUACUGGAUUUGAGGCCUUUGAAUUUCCCAGCAAACUUGUGCUUACAUGCAUUGUUAUCAAUGGCCUUAUUGGAACUGUUCUGUCUGAAUUUCUUUGGUUAUGGGGCUGCUUUCUUACCUCAUCAUUGAUAGGCACACUUGCCCUGAGCCUUACAAUACCUCUGUCCAUAAUAGCUGACAUGUGCAAGCAAAAGGUUACAUUUUCUUGGUUAUUUUUUGCAGGGGCAAUCCCUGUAUUUUUUUCUUUUUUCAUUGCAACUCUUCUGUGUCACUACAACAACUGGGAUCCUGUGAUGGUGGGAAUCAGAAGAGUUUUUGUAUUUUUCUGUAGGAAGCACCGUAUUCAGAGAACACCAGAAGAAAGUGAACAAUGCGAAAGUCUCAUUGCAAUGCACAGUGUUUCUCAAGAAGAUGGAGACAAUGGCUGUUCUUAGGCAACAGGAUGAAAUGAUAGCUCAGCGAAGAGACAAUCUUCUGGAAAGUCCCCGUGGAAUCAUUUUCCAGUGCCUCUUUUGAAUCUUUAAAUGUUUCAGUUCAUGUGAAACUUAAAAAUACAUUUCUUCCCAACCCCUCUCAAUUUCCAAUCUUGAAUCAGUUUGAUUAUAGAAUGACUUUACUACAGGAAAUUCCACUCCUUUUAAGAAACCAGCCUGCCUUAUAGAACUGUUGGUGACAUUACUUGACAUAAUCAAGAAAGUGAAUGCUGUACAUGUGAUUU